AUGGCUCGGUUUAUUGGUCAGGCUUUUCUCCUUAUUGUGCUGUUUAUGGCACACAGUGUUGAGAGUACAGAUAAAAUGACCAAGGAUACUGGGACAGUACAUGCCCCAGGCGAUGCCAUCAACCUGCCAAACUCUGAGGUCUCAGAUCAUCAGAGUGGACAUGGAAAGAGGCACGCUAGAGGAAAAGAGAAGAAGAGUGCAGCCCAGCUCUAUGAAAGGCAUCGUCUGCCUGUGAUCCAGGCCCAAGAUGACUGGCCAGAGUUUGAGGGUCUGAGUCCUGUUCAUUUGGAGAUGGAUCCUGAGGACCAGAGGGAGAAGAACAUCCCAAAAUUUGAAAUUGUAGUCUUGGGGCAGGACAACGUUUCUCCCGGAAGUGAGGUCACAAGGAAAAGCAGGAAACAAGGGAAUGGGCGCAAGACGAACAGAAGGCACAGGACUAGAGUUUACCAUAGCAAGGAUUUUGGAUUAACUGUAAGGGAGAGGGAGAUUUCUGUGAAGCAAAAUACCAGUAAACUAUCCUUGAGGAAUCCUGCUGAGUCUCCCAUGUCCCCUGUGGUCAUCACUGGCUCCAGCAUAUCCCUGGCAACCACAGUGGCCAGUGAGGAACCCUCUGCUCUGUCACCUCCCCACACUAAACUCCAGGGCAGAAAAGCAGAAGAAGAGGUGAUGCCUACUCUAAACAUGGCGCUGUUUGACUGGACUGACUAUGAGGAUAUGAGACCAAGACCUAAAAAUAAAGACAAACAGCAUACGAAGAGUCUGAACCAAGGGCAUAUGACAAUGAAUUCUAAGACGGUGGAGUUGUGUGAUCACCAUGUGGACUGCAUGCCAGGUUCUUGUUGUAAUUUAAGAAAACACACAUGUGAGCUUCACAACCACGGUCUCAACAACAAGUGCUAUGAUGACUGCAUGUGUGAGGAAGGGCUUCGAUGCUAUGCAAGGUUCCACCGAAAUCAUCGUGUGACACGUAAAAAGGGACGCUGUAUUGAUCCUGAUACAGUUAACAGCGACCAUGGAACAUUCUUUACCAUCUGA